GGCAGAUGAGUCAAACCUGCGUCACACGUGGUCGUGACUUACCAUAGUAAUAUUUUUUUCUCCUUCAUCCAGUAAGCAUUGAGAUUUGCAGCAUCACACGCACGUGGAAAGGAAGAAGAGAGAGGCGCAAAUCUCCUCACCCUCACAGACAUUAUACACAAUGCAGACUGUACCUGCGCGGAGUUAAUAUUAUCUUGGAUGAACAAAGCACACGCCACCGCGCUCCUGCGUCAGACUUGCCGCGCCAUGCGCCUCUUGUGAGCGCCAACUGCCGCCCGGCUGGCUCCUUUUUGCGCGCAGAGAUGUUGCACACGGACACAGCAGCGCCUCAAUGAAGAACCUUUCCAUCGCGACGGCGUCCUAACACUGCCUUUCCUCUGCAGAAGAAGCACAACUGCCUCUCCCUGGCACUUUCCCACUUCCUCCUGAUCUCCUGCUUCAACACCUCAAAAGUCUCCUCUCUUUGUCGGACCCGCCUACACCCCUUGGAGGGACAUUCCUGUUUUGCAGCCAUGCCAAAUAACACCAGGGUGACCCAGCUGGAGCACAGCAGCGAGCCAGUCACUGAGUCUGUGGCUGACCUGUUGUCCCUAGAGCACCCAAUGGACUAUAAGAGCAGUCAGAUGAGCAUGGGGCUCAGUCCAGGCUCCACUGCCCCAGGGAGAGCACUGCUACCUUCCCCUGACCCUGAUGCAGAGGACGGACGGCCAGCUUGGAACAAUAAGUUGGAGUACAUUCUGGCUCAGGUGGGCUUCUCUGUGGGCCUGGGUAAUGUCUGGAGGUUCCCCUACUUGUGCCAGAAGAAUGGUGGAGGCGCUUACUUGGUGCCCUACUUCAUCCUCCUCCUCCUCAUCGGGAUCCCUCUGUUCUUCCUGGAGUUGGCGGUGGGUCAGAGGAUUAGGCGUGGCAGCAUCGGUGUGUGGAACUAUGUGUACCCCCAGCUGGGAGGCAUCGGUGUUUCUAGUCUGAUGGUAUGCGGCUUUGUGGGCCUCUACUAUAAUGUGAUCAUCGGAUGGAGCAUCUUCUACUUCUUCCAGUCUUUCCAGUACCCGCUUCCUUGGGCUGAAUGUCCCGUCCACAUAAAUGGAACCCAAGCCAUCGUGGAGCCAGAGUGCGAGAAGAGUUCAGCCACAACAUACUUUUGGUAUCGUCAGACUCUCAACAUCACCAGUAGCAUCGAUGACACCGGCGGGCUGAACUGGAAGAUGACUCUUUCCUUACUGGUGGCUUGGAUCUUGGUGUGUUUGGCCGUCAUCAAGGGCAUCCAGUCCUCUGGGAAGGUGAUGUACUUCAGCUCUCUCUUCCCGUACGUGGUGCUCUUCUGCUUCCUGGUGAGAGGUUUGUUGUUGAGAGGAGCAGUGGAUGGCAUCGCUCACAUGUUCACCCCAAAGCUGGAAAAGAUGUUGGAGCCACAGGUGUGGAGAGAGGCAGCCACCCAGGUGUUCUUUGCGCUGGGUCUGGGCUUUGGCGGAGUCAUCGCCUUUUCCAGUUACAACAAGCGAGACAACAACUGCCACUUUGAUGCCGCCCUGGUCUCCAUCAUCAACUUUGUGACCUCCAUCUUGGCCACUUUAGUUGUAUUUGCUGUCCUGGGCUUCAAAGCAAACAUCAUGAACGAGAAGUGUGUUGUUGAGAAUGCCGAGAAGAUCCUAAUGUAUCUGAAUACCAGCGUGCUGAGCAAAGAGCUCAUUCCUCCUCACAUUAACUUCUCUCACCUGACCACAAAGGACUACGCAGAGAUGUACGGCGUCAUUAAGACGGUGAAGGAGGAAAACUUUGCCCAGCUGGGCCUGGACCCAUGUGUACUGGAGGAUGAACUCAACAAGGCAGUUCAGGGCACCGGCCUGGCGUUCAUUGCUUUCACAGAAGCAAUGACGCACUUCCCUGCCAGCCCUUUCUGGUCUGUCAUGUUCUUCUUCAUGCUGAUUAACUUGGGCCUGGGAAGCAUGAUCGGAACCAUGACGGGCAUCACCACGCCGAUACUUGAUGCCUUCAAGGUCCGCAAAGAGGUGCUAUGCGUGGUUUGCUGUGUCAUCGCCUUCCUGCUGGGUCUGCUGUUUGUGCAGCGCUCAGGGAACUACUUUGUCACCAUGUUUGACGACUACUCGGCUGGUUUGCCACUCACUGUGGUGGUCAUCCUGGAGAACAUCUCUGUGGCCUGGAUAUACGGCACUAAACGGUUCAUGCAGGACCUGGAGGACAUGCUUGGUUUCAGGCCGUACUCUUUCUAUUACUACAUGUGGCUGUAUGUGUCACCGGCCGUGCUGGUGGUACUUAUCAUGGCUACCGUCAUCGAGAUGGCCGUCAGCCCUGCGGGAUAUAAUGCCUGGGUUGAAGCCGAGGGCUCAGAGCGUUUCCACAGCUACCCACCCUGGGCUUUAGGCAUGGCCUACUCCCUCAUCGUGGUGGCCAUGUUGCCCUUACCUCUCGUUUUCAUUGCCCGCCACUUCAACUUGGUGUCCGACGGCUCCAACAAGCUGUCUGUCUCCUACCGUAAAGGCAUGAUGAAGGAUAUGUCCAACCUGGAGGAGCAGGACGAACAGCGCUUCAUCCUCAGCAAGAACCCCAGCGAGGCUCCUUCUCCGAUGCCUCCUCACCGUGCCUACCUGGGGCCCGGGGGUACCCAGGAGAUGACCAACACCAACUAUGGCACCAGCACCAAGACGGGAUACCAGAACAUCGGCUCGCCCGAGUCUGAGCUAUGAUGCAGCAUUUGCAUUUUUGUCUGCGUUGCGACAGAGGAAGGAAGAGAAAUUAACCAAUGUUUCUAUUUUCUUUUUCUCUUCACUUCACCUUCACCUUUCAAGAGGAAUUCAGCAGCAGCUCAGAGAAGUCCACUGAGAGCUUUGCCAAGCUUCAGGUGUGUCCAAUUCACAAAGGUUUUAGGUUUUGAAUAAUAAUCCCACAAUUAGGAGGUUGUUUGUGAAUGUAAACAGCACAAUCUUACCCACAAGCUUACUGUACAUUGCAAUGAUUAGUAAUUGGCAUUUCUGAAGUAUCUGUGAUUUUUUGUUGUCACAAUAGCACCUAAAACUUGACAGUGGUGGUGUUAAACAGGCACAUUCUACUUUAUGUUAUUGUGGGACAGAUGCAGCUAGCUAGAGCGUCUCUGAGCCUUAAAACAGAGCAGCACUUUUCUUCUUCCAUUAAGUUUUUCUUUGACAAACAACACUAUGCCUGUGUUCUCUGUUGGCCUAAAUGAGGUUUUUCCAUUUGAAUCAAUCAUUUAAUCAAGCUUGCCCAUUAAGCGCAGAGGCUUUUGUUUGAUCAGCUUCACUCUUGUCGUUACUGAGACUCGGAGGUGUGAGUGUUGUCAGUUAGAUGCACAAACGUGUGUGUGUUUGUGUUUGUGCUUGUGCUUGUGCUUGUGUGUGUCACCGCUGAAUGAGAGGCUCUGGUGACCCUAGCUGUGUAAAAAUAGAGCUGCGCGUUACCCAGGGGAAGCCGUGGCAACACGGCAUAGAGACAGACCCUCUUGUGAUGAUGAUGAGGAGGAUGAGGGGGAGAGUGGACACCUUGGCUUGUGUCGGCUGCAACUGCACAGCUCUUUGCUCAGCAAUAGACAAGACGGUUUACUGUUAAUCUAUAUCACUCCUCUUGCACUGCUAUUUAGUUUCAUUCUAGAACAUUCCUACAUUUUGAAUACUUUGAACACAUACUUUGAACAAUAUUUUGAUGUGUGUACGCGUGUGACUAAAUUCUCCAGUGUAUUUUCCGGUGUGUAGAUUUUCUGGUUAAUUAGUGUUAAAUUUGUAUUGUGAUAUAAACGUUCUGAACUGGUAAUACACAGUUGAAACCACUAGGGGUCUCUGCUAGCCAGCAAAGAAGACAAUGCCCCCCUUCCUGUAGCCCCUCCUUGAAAUAAAACCAGUGCUUGAGACUGAUCGGGUGUAAUGUGAAGCAUACACGGGGUCACUCUCAGUGUUUGGUGCCUUUGGAACAUCUCAGCCAGUCUAUUUGCCUUAUGUUUUUGUGUUAUUCGGUUCUUCAUUAUAUACUUCAACUAUAUGGAGUUUGGAUCUAUGUUUUGUCCCAGCCACUUGAGCACUUUAAUUAGGUCAACACCCUGGAGUUGUUUGUCAAGCACACACUUUGAGCGCAGCUUUGUGGGAAAUGAAGUUACUGCGAUGCACUUCUAAAAAAAAAAGGUUUAAAAGUGUUCAGAGAGCUUUACGAAAUAAAAUUGAAAACUAACUCAUUAUUCAUAAACACUGAUGGCACUGACGGUAGCCACUAUGCGACCUGUUGCUGCUACGCAAUUAGAAAUGUACUGAUUAUUAAUAAUAUUAAACACAAAAACUUUACAUUUUAGUAUAAAACAGUAAGAACGCUUUAUCAAAUAAUUUAAGUGGAAAGCAAAAAACGUCCAUAAAAGAUACAAAACACAUAUUGUGACUUAACUUCCUGUAUUUCCUCAAAUAGUGGCCGAGUGUCCAUCACCUCUUUCUUGUUAUUACAUGUUAAAGGUGCUAUCUGUCAUGGUGAGGUACUGCAGUGGGGGCACUUCUGUAUCCUGUACUACUACUAUAUCCAGCGCUCUUGUUGCUCAGUCGUGACUGCUAAUUGUCGAUAGCUUGUCUGAGACUGUGUGUGCACGAACACGACGGUAAUGUGCCUGUGCACAAGCCGUGAGUGAGAGACAGCCUUUAACACCAUUCGAAAGACAAAUCUAAUUCCAUUUAACAUGUAAUUGUGAAGAAUAUAGAAGUUUUUAUGUACAAUCUGUUCUCUGAAACCACUACUGGUAACAUAUGCUAGCCGGUGGUGGUGUUUGUAUAUUUAUGUAGGGAUGCUCCGAUCAAUCGGCCACCUAUCAGUAUCGGCUGAUUUCCGUGGAAAAGGUACGUGAUUGGCAUAUGCUGAUCAAUGUCUUUCAAUCACAAAAAACGGCUUGCACGAUUGCUGCCUGUAGAGAUCCCUGUGUGCAGUUUCCUGCUCUAAUGUCUUGGUGCAGCCAGGAAUUCUGGGCGCCAUGAAAAAAUCAUUACGUUUGGCCCCCAUUUUUAUUGUUUAAUAAUUACGUAAUUGUCCUAACCUUACCCCCCCCCAUAUGACUCUCCUGGCCAAUAGCACUCAUCAUAAAUAAAUUGAAACAUUUACAGUUAAUCCAUGUCAUUGGUAUCGGUAUCAGCUGAUUUCAUUCAUGGAAAUGCUUGGGCAUCGAUGGGAACUGGGACUAACAUUUCGAUUUUCUCGUAAUCGUUCAUUUUAAAAAAAAUUUUGGGCCCUACAUUCGGUGACUGACCAGCCCGCCGAGUGGCAAAAAUGGCCGCAUAACACCAGCGAAGAAGCCGGUGAACACCAACAAAGAUGUGUCAUGAAGCUUUUGUGAUCAUGCAUUUCAACCAAGGACAGUGUGCAAUGGCACUGUAAAGUUUGGCUGAAAUUCUACAAAAAAAUGAAUGGUCGACGCUGUACAACAUUUGCAACGCCAUCAUAUCAUACAAAAGAGGAUGCACCACUUACAGAAUUAAUCCCCUCCAGCUUAACGGUGUACAGAGUGCACCGGACUUCUUCUAACCAGUCAGGUAACAAUAAAUUACGUUGAUGUUAUGCCAAUAUUGAAGCAGCAAACAAAUUAUACUUUAUACUGCAAAUACGGUAUCCAAAUAUCCAGCUAACAUAAGGCUGUGUACUUUUUCACAGACAAACGACGUGAUAUUAAUGUUAGCUUUAGCCAGGAAGUUGACCAGACCCCAUGUUAAGUGUUACUCCAUUCACUUGUUUGAUAUUCUGCAAACAGGUUAGUAGGAACUCAGUAACAUGGUUAAGUUACACUUAGUCUAUUCUGCAUCAUAAGACACUCUCCAACACAUAAACAGGAUAUGUUUGUUUUUUCAUGAGGUUUUCAAAAUUAAAACUCAUUUGUGAACAUGUACUCCUAUGCAAAUGUAAAUGUUCAAGCACAAGAGUUUGGUAUUUAUAUACUGGUUCAAAACAGCCCUGUGAGAAAUUCAUAGUGAAGUAAUUCAUAAAAAGUUCAUAUAAUUUAAACAAAAUCACAGAGAUUUUAUGACCCUUUUAUGACCCUACCUCUGAAAAGAAUCGGAAUCGGAAUGAGAAUCUUUAGGAACUGUAAUCGAAACGAGGAAUUGGAAUUGAAAUCAAACUAUGCCCAACCCUACUCAUGGAUAAUCUAUAUCGUAAUCGUCAGCAUAAAAGCCAGGUCGGAGCACCCCUAGAAAGACGUGUAAUUUGCAGCCAAGGAGGGAUAGCACCUUUAACUGCCUCACACUAAAUCUAACCCACUUCACCUAAACUAAAAGGUAGUAUGAGCUUUCUAAAGUAGAAGGCAAUCCGCAAAGAAUGUAUCUUUUUUUCGGUAAAAUAAUGAUAUUGAUUAAUAUGUGAGCUGUACUGUUGUACUGUAUGUCUACUUUGCUUGCUUGCUACACGGCUGCCACUUGUUGAAAAACUCUUGUUGUGGUUGUAGUUUAUUUUAUUUCGGACAUGAUAAUCAGUGAUACAUUAAAGUACAACACAUGUUUAACACUUGUGCAAUUCGACAUGUCCAAAAAGGAGUAGGAAGAAGCACGUUUGAUUUAAUCCUGCUCCUUCUCUGCGUCUCAGCAAUGACUGAUAGUUUGUUCACUCCCUAUUUUUAACAUGUACCACAUUACCACUUUCUGAUGGAGAAAGAAAGAAUAAAGAAUGUGUAAUAGUAAAGUUAAUAGAGUUAUUCAAAAGAUGAGGCAUGGCAUCUGUUAGAGUCGAGGCCACCAUUUGAGGAUACAGUAGAAGGCAAAGUGUGAUGAUUGUGAUCUUUCCAAUGCAUAAUGUAAUCUAUCAAAAUCCUUGUCUUAUAAAAUGCAUUGUCUUCUUUGUUGUUCUUGCAUAGUUCUGUCAGUAAUAGCAUUUUUAUCAGACUGCAUUGUACAUUGUUGGAAGCAGACAAAGCAACGCUAUAAGAGGAUGACUGCCUGAAAAGGAAACAACAAAGCCCUGAUUUCUGUAUUAACAUUGGAACACAUCAGGUUCUUCCCCCUUUGUAAGAUAUGCAACCAGCAGAAUGUACUGUAACCUCAUCUUUUAUAAGAAUCACUGGGUUGUGACAUUUUUGGCAUUCGAUACAAAUUAUGCUGAAGCUCCCAGGUAAAGGUAUACCCUUCGCCUGCAAAAGAAGAGGAGCUGUCAGAGAUAAAAGCACAUUUGAAGAAGCAAAGAAGCACAGUACAGUGAGCACAAAGGAGCCACAUGUCUCCGUGUGAGCAAUGAGCUUCAGGAACUGGCGAGCUAAAAAUACUUUGAGGCAGUGAAUUAGGUGAAGAAACUUAUAGAUCAUGUCAACUGUUCAUCUUCACCAAGGAGGCACACAGAAUGGAAGCACUGGCACAGGCAUGGUAUCACUAACGGGAUCACUAACUGUGACGGUAUCAUAUCUGCACAAUUAAAAGUGCUUUUCGUAUUAACAACAAUUACCCCAUUUUCUGCACAAAGUUGUAUUAAUUUAAUGUACUACAUCCUCUUAAAGCCCCCAGUAAGUAAGACAUUGUCGCAUGAUACACAAUAUAGACAAAAAUAUUGGGACACCCAACACCUGAAUGAAUGACUGAAAGUAGUGUCUCAGUACAUUUGUCAAUGUUUUGUAUUUCUUUCCAACUCCAGGCUCUGUUUGUCUUGUCCAUUGUAUGUUGUUUGUGUUAAAUAUGUACCACUUUCUAGCUUCAAUUAUAAAUAAUAAAUAAAUCAAAAAUAGAGUGAUAUUUAUUUAAUGGUGCAAAUAGUAUAUAUAUAUAUAUAUAUGUGACCAAACUACAGUUAUAAUAUUUAUUGUAUUUAAACUGUAAAUAUCGAUGUACAUUCUGAUAAAUUCACAAUAAGUAUCUAUAGUGAAAGUGAGCAGUUGUAUACUUGAGCUGUAAAUAAUAAUAAUUGUAUAUUUUGAAAUAUUUUUUUGAUUUUUGUACAGUAGGUGAUUUUACUGUCGCUGUCUUUUAGUGAGUUGUUGUUGGUACUCAAAAGUCAACAUGGCUGCGAAUGUGUGGUGCAUAUUGUGUGGAUAUGUGUGUGUGUGUGUGUGUGUGCGUGUAUGUGUGUGUAAAGUAAAAGUGUGUAACGUAAAUGUAGGUUUUGGUGUUAAACUGUAGUUUUUCCGCUCUCACUGUUGUGUGCCGCUACAUGCUGUUCAUGGGACCACUUAUGUAAUCUCCUUUGUGUGUUUCUUCCUGGCAACAGCAGACUGGCAACAUAAAGAAGCUAUGAGAUAGAAAGUUUUUAUUUUCUCUUUUUUUUAUUUGGUUGCACACAUAACAAGACUUAGCAAACAAGGAGAAAUAAAAUGAUCACUUUGACUAAAAGGUC